GACCUUUCACCUAGAUGCGAAAGCUCGUCUGCUGUACAUCUGUUUGUGUGUCAAAUGCUGAUUCAAAUCCACAUAAACUACAGAAGUUCCAAUUUAUUGCAGAGAGAAGAGUCAAAUAUCACAUGGGCGAUUAACCACUCUGUGCAGAACGUGCCUCGUUACCUAUGGAAAAGACUGAUGAACAAUGAGGACCUCACUUGGUAGAUGCCUAUCGAGAAUCACUGUGCAUCCAGAAGGGCCGCAGGCUCUGCAGAGAGCCGUGAAGGACAGGGGCUUCUUCCCUCUGCAGACCUGGCCUGUUUCGCACCACUGCCAGUGGAUGGGCACAGCCCCUAGGAUGGAUGGAGUGACCCCUGCCAUCCGCCAGGUCCAGGCUCUGGACGCAGAGCGCUACGUUAGCGUGCGGUGGGAGGACGGCACCCGGAGCCUGUAUCCGUUCGUGUGGCUUCGGGAUAACUGCCAGUGUGCGCACUGCUUCCUUCACUCAGCCAAGGCUCGCAAGCUUCUCCUGGCAGACCUGGAUGUAACCACAGCGGUGGAAAGAGUGGAGCUCAGGGAACCCACAAAGGUAAGCGUGGUUUGGCCGGACCAGCACACCAGUGACUUUGAUGCAGAAUGGUUAAAGAAAAGGUGCUUUUCCCAGUCAGCCAGACAGAAGAGGCAGGAAGAGCUUUUCCUCAAUGCUCGACAUUGCUGGGGCUCGGGACUACGAAUCCCCACUGCCAGCUUCGAGCAGGUCCUGAGGGAGGAUGAGGCUGCAGUCGCCUGGCUCCACACCCUGAGGAGAGUCGGGAUCGUGCUUCUGAAAGGAGCGCCGACGGAGCAGGGGCAGGUGACCAGGCUCAGCAAGAGGAUUGGCUACCAUCGGCUGACUUUUUACGGGCACACCUGGCAAGUGCAGGACAAAGCACUUGCCAACAACGUGGCAUACACCUCAGAGAAGCUGAGCCUUCACUCUGACUACCCCGCCCUGCACAAUCCACCUGGGGUCCAGUUUUUGCACUGCAUCAAGCAGGCUGCUGACGGGGGUGAGAGUGAGAUUGUGGACGGCUUCCACAUGGCCAACCAGCUGAGGAAGGAGAACCCUGAAGCCUUUCGACUCCUCUCCUCCCUGAGAGUGGACUUCACUGACACUGGGGCUGACUACUGUGACUUCCAAGUGCAGUCCAAGCACACAAUCAUUGAUGUAGACUGCAAUGGCCAGGUGGUGAGGAUUAACUACAACAAUGCAACCCGGGACUCCACACUGGACUUGCCUCUCGAACAGGUCCAGCCCUUCUACUCGGCUCUCAGAGCCUACGUGGAUCUCAUGAGCAGGCCGGAGAACAUGGUCACUUACAGAAUGGAGCCAGGUGACGUGGUGACGUUCGAUAACUGGCGCCUGCUUCACGGACGCCGGAGUUACAACUCUGUCUCUGGCCAUGCCCGGCACCUGGAGGGGGCGUACCUCGACUGGGACGAGGUGAUGUCCAGACUUCGGGUCCUGAGGACAGCCUUAAACAGAGAGGCUUAAACCAGUCAUCAGAGCGGGGCUUUACGGUGUUCCAAGGAAGAUAACUGACCUCCUCAAUGUAGUUUAAUAAGAUACACCUGAGCUUGUUAUCUGUAUACCGUGGCUAAUCAAGUUCAUAGUAAAACCUGGAGUGGGUGAAACUGCUAUGCAAUAAGAGUUCCACCCUCGAAGUUCAAAGUACAGUAGGUUUGCUAAGGUACGAAUGUGUUAGCAUAGGGUUCCAAUGUACCACUUAAAGAGCAGCUUGGUUCUAGCUAUGGGUGUGAAAUAUCAAAGUUAUCUUAACUGGUGUGUCGCAUCUUUUUCUUGUUUCCAUUCAUUCGGUGUUCGUUAUCUGUUUCAGUCAUCACAUCCUGGUGACCUUUUAAACCUUUUUUUUCUCUUGCAGUAAGAAAUAAGUUUGAUAAGGAUGUCAGGUGAUGGCCAGGGGUGCUGGAACGAGAGGUGCUGGGGGUGCGGUAGCACCCCUUGGCUUUGCAUGGCUUCCAUCAUAUACAGGGGUGUCAGUUCAAUGGCUUCAGUGGCUUUCAGCACCUCCACUAUAAAAAUUGUUCCUGCUCCACUGGUGAUGGCUGUCCCUCGAAUGAGGUAUUAUCUGACAUGGAGGUUUCUCUUCAUGCAACUGGUAGAAAACAAGGCCCAUCUGAUUUACAAAGCAACCAGGAAGUGAUGACCUGAAACAGGAAAUUACGUAAAGUGCAUCCGAACAACAAAACAUAUAUAUAUAUAUAUAUAUAUAUAUAUAUAUAUAUAUAU